AAACUAUUAACAAAAAUCUUUAUUUUUUCUUUGUAUAAUAAUAAUAAUAAUAAUUCUUUAUUUAAAAAAAAUAAAUUUAACAAUACAAAUUAAAAAUUAAUUAAUUCGUAGGUCGUAGGAAGGUACUAGGUAGAUAUCUUCGAAACAAUAAUCAACACACUUCAAUAAAGAAUAAAAAAAAAAAUUAAUUUUAUAAUUUCAAAUAUAAUAAUAAACAAUUAUAAUUAAUUAAUUAAAUGUAAUUAAAAAUAUUAUUAUAAAUUGAACGGAAUACAAUUUCCUUACUCCCGUAUCUAUGUGGUCUGAUACCACUCGCAUCACAAUAAGGAUAUUAUAAAGAGUCGUUGAACACAAACAAUUUGCAAAGCCGACGCCAGGGUAUUAUUUUUGUUGACUUAUAUUAUUAUACUGAUAACCAUGCUAAUACAAAUAGAAGUCGAUAAGUGGUUUUCAAGCUUGAGUUUCAAGGUACUUGUGCUGAAUUUUUAAGUUGUAAAUUGAAUUCAAACUAUACCAAGUAGUAUUCAAAUGCAUAACAUAUGAAUAAGACGUAUUAUAUUGCAACAGACCAUUAUAUUAGGUAGUUAUGGAUUUUAUGAUUGAAAAAGAAUUAAAAGAAAUUGUUGGUAAAGGUGCGUUCGGGAAAGAUUGUAACUUAGUGUCGUUCAAAUUACAUGAUUAUAUGAUUGGAGAGGAAGAAUGGAGCUACCGACGAAUAUUUUGUGAUGUUACAACAUCGGAUGGAUCACAUCAUAAUAUAAUGAUCAAAUUGAAACUUAAAGAAUAUGAGUUGCGUAAAUGUUUUGAAUCUGACUUAAUUUUCCACAAUGAAUUAAUUUUGUAUGAAAAGAUCAUACCGUUCCUAUUUGAAUGCCGCGGACCAACAGUUAAUGAUGACAAUGUCUUUUUUGUACCACGUUAUUUUUAUGGUCGCAAUAAUUGUAGUGAACUUAUGCCAAAUGAUUUGAUUGUUAUCGAAAAUGUUUGUAUUUUAGGAUAUUAUUUGAGUAAUGAGAUAGUGUUCUUGGACAACGAUCAUGUAACAGUCGCACUUCGGACAAUAGCAAAGUCACAUGGACUGUCGUAUACUGCCAAACACAAAGAGCCCGGAAAAUUCCAUGAUAUCAUGGCCGGUAUAAAAAACACAUUGUUCGCCGGCAACGGGCAUUGGAUGGCGCAGAACGGUUUGUUGAAGAAGUGCGGUCGACGAGGGGUGGAACGGCUGUUGGAACGGAACGGGAACCGGUACCGGGACCACCCGCACUUACGCCUCCUGAACGAGCUGUUCGACGACGCAGAGAACACGCUAAUACAGACGAUGGCAGCUCGGGAACCGCUGUCCGUCAUAUGCCACUGCGACUACCACCGCGACACUUUGAUGUUCCAGUACGACGAGUGCGGACGUCCGUUUGAUGCGCUGACCAUAGACUUUUUUAUGCUGCAUUACGGGUCACCUGCGUUGGACCUGUCGUCGUUUUUGUACAUGUCCACCACGCAGCGGAUGCGGGAGACGCACUGGCACGAUUUCAUGGACACCUACUGCGCCACACUGGCCGCGUCCGUCCCGCCCGGCGUCCACGUCCCCGGUCGCGCCGAAAUCGACGCCGAGAUGGCCGCGACCGCCAUCUACGGGUUGGCCAGAGCGUCGUUUUGCCUGCCAUUCAUGUUGCGCGUCAGGAGUGAUGAACUGGAUUCGUUGGCGAUGAGCGAUGAUCCGGUGGACUACUUUCUGGCGUUGGGCGGCGACCUGGCAACCGAAUGCUUAGCCGACAUUGUGCAGCACUUAGUCGACAUGGGUUACACCAAUGUCCAAUCGAAUUAACCCGAUAAAACUGAUAAUAUAGCUUGUCUACUUAGGUAGUUGAGUAUGUUUGUGAGUCUUGUUCCUUGUGUUUUAAAAUUGUAUUUUUCGUUGGUCCAUGUUGAUAUUGGAUCAAACGUAGGUGAUGUAUUUAUUUGCGUUGUUAUUUGACGGUUCAUGAACUCAAUUUAUCAGGUAACCGAGAAGAUUUACUAUUUCCCUAAUCGAUAUUAGUAAUGUAAAAAACCUUUCAUUUGUCGUCUCGAUAAGAAAAAAUGCUUUUAAAUUUAUUUAUCAAAAACAUUUUGGCUUAUAAAUUAUCACACACUACCUAUAUUAUACAAUGACACCCAUAAUAGCAAUGAACUACCUAUCCAAUGUAACACAUGAAUUACUAUCUUCCUAUUAAAAACCUACCUAUUUUAUCGGUUUUAAUAUUCAUAAUAUUAUUAUCACCACUCACCUGGAUCAACAAGUAUCCAAGAUUGUAUUAAAUUUAGAUAUUGUGAUAUAGUCAGCAACAUAAAUAAACCUGGCGUUUAUUUGAUGGUUCUCAGUAUUCAACAUUUAAAUAUACAUAAUUAUAUGGGCCGAA